AUGCCACAAAUGGGCCUCAAAAUCUACGCCCUGAGUCACUUCAAAUGCAUUUCUCCCUUCUCAGCCACUGCGUCCUCCCACUAUACCCGCUACACCCAUGCUGUACCACUCUGGCCUUUCCAGCAUAUGCGCCGAAUCCAGACAGGUCCUCCACAAGGACGCCCGCAACCAGCAGCCCACCAGCCCAGAACCAGACAACCGACUCUGCGCUUAGGAUCUACAAUCCCAUUCUCGAUUCUCGUCCUCGCCCUCGUCCUCGUCCUCGAAAACAUGACCCCCACUGGCUCCCAACUCCGACCCUACGACGAAGAACAUCGUCGGGGCCUGGUGGGCACUGGGGCCUAUAUGGGUUCCCAUGUUCAUACAGCGCCAUCGCUAGUGGUGGUGUAUCCCGCCCAUGUGGACCCGACCACUAGUCACCGAGCACCAACGCUCCUAUUCAGGAUCCUGCCCCCCCAGAACCGGGUGCUACCGCUCCAGCUUCGAUCCAAAUCCGUCACAGCCCCGUUCACUCAACACCCCAUUCUCAUGACAGACCUGCUUCCAGCGUCUAGAGGUGAACCACCGCGCGAGAAGGACGAGCCUUGGACGGCAGUUUGA